AUGGAAUCAUUCCAACAGGAUCGCUUGCCCAGCCCAAACCACUUCCGCAUCCUAACGCUCCACCCCGGCAUCACGACAGCACCCCUCCGCGGCAGCCUUGCAGUCCACGAGUUGACGGCGCCUCCCGCCUACGAAGCCAUCAGCUACGCAUGGGGGCCCACGACGCCCACCGCGUUGCUCGAAUGCUCCGGGAGAGCCCUGCGUAUCACGGGAAGCCUCGACACGGCCCUCAGAGCUUUCCGUUGGGGCGACAGGCCGCGGGAGCUGUGGAUCGACCAGAUCUGCAUCAAUCAGCACGACACCGACGAACGCUCGCAGCAGGUGCAGCGCAUGCGGGACAUCUACUCGCAGGCCAAUCGGGUCCUUUCCUGGCUUGGGGAGGACGACGGCAGUGCUCGGGGUCCGCUCGCUAAGGACUUAAUCGCCAAGAUAUGCGCCGUUGUGCGCCGUCACCAGGUCUACCGCGAGAAGAGGUUUCCUCCCGAGGAGUACCUACGCGUGCAUGGGCUGCCGCUCUGGGAUGAUCCCUCCUGGUGUGCGAUGGGCGACAUGCUGCAGCUUCCUUACUUCAAGCGCGCCUGGGUCAUACAGGAGAUUGUCAUGGCCAGAGAGGCGAGCCUGCUCUGGGGCGCCACGCAGAUCAACUGGGAGUUGUUCAGGGUGGCUUUCUACUGGACGGCUCUCAGCUCUUGUGGUGCCCAGUACCUGGAAAAUGGAAAGAUGAGCCCGAUGCUUGGCUUUCUCCCGUCACUGUAUCGCGGGAGGCUUCGUCCCUCCACGUUGGAGGAGAUCAUGCUAACGGACGCGAGAUGGUUCGAAGCCACGGACCCUAGAGACAAGGUGUAUGCUCUGAUUGGCCUUGCGGACGAUGGAGGGGCUAUCUCCGUGGAUUACCGCAAAUCUGCGGCUCAGGUCUAUGCGGAUGCUGCGAGAUAUGUGAUCAGAGGCUCGCGAAGCCUCCGCGUGCUUUCUUUGGUAAAUGCAAUAAAUACCGACCAUAUCGACUUCCCUACGUGGACCCCCCGAUGGGAUACUAGGUGUGAUCGUGCCUACUUGUGGCUGAGGAAAUUUACGGCUUCGGGCUCUUCCCAAGCGGUCCACGUGGAAGACGGUGCAAGCUGGAGAACUUUGACCCUUAAGGGAGUAAAGAAGGGAGUACUGCGACACAUAUGCAGUACUUCGGUCCCAAACCGAUACAAGGGGGCCUCGCCUACAUUAUUGUUACUCAAAGAGCUCUUUGACGAGCUUUGUACCAAAUCAGGUGCUGCGAGGAAGAGGUGCGACGGAAGUCUCUUAAACGUCUUUCUCAGGUGCCUGGUAAUGGAACGAGAUACCGAGGAAGCCGUCCCGACCGGCCUUUUGUUUGCGAAAUUUAUCAGCUGGGCUUGGACCAAGCUGGCUCAAGAGUGCACUAACAUUUCGCGAGCGAGCGCUGCGCGCGCGCAGCGCAAUGACUUCGCCGCAUGCUACGCAGCUUUGGAGUUCAUACAGCUGGCACUUGAUACAAGUCCGUCUUUGUCCGACGCCCCCCCAGAUGAAUCAACUGUAGUUCAGGAAACUCAACAUUGGGUGAGGGUGGUCGUUGAUGCAUUGGUCCUCGCCAGUGGUAAUCCGUCCCUUAGGUCAGAUCUGGGCGACUGCGUCAUACGUAUAUGGUCGCGCCAACGAUGUGAUGAUUUCAAUGUCAAAUUCGAAGUCGUUGGGUCGUACUUUGAAAGAUUUUUCGUGGCAGAGAAUGGGGAGAUAGGGGUUGGGCCGGCAUGCUUGCAGACAAACGAUAUCCUGUGUAUUCUGUACGGUGGAUCCACGCCAUACAUCCUGCGGCCGACCUCUACACCCGGGGAGUAUCUAUUCCUCGGUGAAUGCUAUGUCGCCGGUAUCAUGAACGGCGAACGGCUGGACGGAAUUGACGUGGACACCACUGCUGAAUGGUUCCAUCUAAGAUGA